CAGUGCCGCAGCAUCACUGACAGCCGAAAUCAGGCUGUGGUAUUUGGAAGAAUAAUGGUGAGCACCAUGGAGCUAACAGUUACUCCAGGAAAAUAAUUCAGAAUAUGAAGAAUGCGAAACACCGCUCUAGGCCAAAUUGAAAUCAAGGAUUAAAUGAACAGAAAUCUGGGCCUCUUCGAUGGUUCAGUUUAUUCAGAAGCCGAAAUUGAAUUGUACAUGAGAAUUCAAGACAUUUUCCAAACAGAGCAACUUGUGAACUUUGGGUGAAGUCUGGAGAAUCAGCAUAUUAAAUACAAGACCACGAAGAAUGGUCAUUGAUGGGAUACUUGGAUGCUAGACUCCUGUGCUAGUCCUUUGGCCUCAUUUGGCAUCAAGUGCCUCUUUUCAACUUGCUGUCAUCGAGGCGCUGUUGGGAGUACCGCAAUUCUGCAUUGAAGACGUCUGACAGCAUUACACAAAGUGGCCAUCAGAAGGAUUUGCUACCUACGUUGUAUCCAGCCAGGCUUAUCUGGAUAACUACUUCCAACUCUGAGACAAGAGAUAUGACAUUUGAACCCAGACAGCUAUGAAAGGUUUAGGAGGUAAUCGAAGCCGUCACCUUUCAGACAACUGCGAACCAACAAGUGACCAAAUGUAUCCGACCCCCAUCCAGGAACGAAACCCCUAUCUGCUCAGUCCAGCUGACUCCUAUCAAAUGGAGCAUCACCGUUUUCCUGCCUCUAAUGUAAUGCAGGGAGAUUGCCUCCUGCCUUUGAACAAUCAGAUUGCCAGCAGCACCUUUCCUAGGAUCCAUUAUAACUCGCACUUUGAUCUACAAGAUGACUGUAGUUUCACCCCGAAUACUUCCACAAGCAAAAUAAAUCGCCUUCCAGCCAACCUGUUGGACCAGUUUGAAAAGCAGUUGCCUAUUCACAGGGACGGGUUCCACACACUGCAGUUCCAGAGGAGUGACAACAAGCACCGAAGUGAAAGUCCAGGUCGGAUACGCCACCUUGUACACUCUGUGCAAAAACUCUUCGCAAAAUCUCAGUCCCUUGAGGGCUCUGGCAAAGGAAGUAUGAACGGCAACAAAUUUGGCUCUGAUGACCCCAAGCAGAGCAAGAGAAGCAAGAGCAAGGACCGAAAAUCAGAAACAAAACGCAGAACAAGAACAAACAUAUCAGGCUGGUGGAGUUCAGAUGAUAACUUGGAUAGCGACAACUGCAAUUAUCGGAACCCAAUGAGCUUAAUGACACUUGGGAGACGCCCCGACCAUGGGCCUGCCAAAUACUUAAUGAAUGCAUAUAACACAAUCAGUGAACAUACCCUUAAAGCUUCUAAAAGCAAUAAUGACUUGAAAUGUACACCAUGUGUGAAUAUACCAAUAAACGCUGACUCCAAGUACAUAAAGAGAGGUUCCUGGUCCACACUCACCUUAAGUCAGACCCGAGAAGUUUGCCAAAAAUCAUCUGCUACAAUGGAUAAGGCACUGUUAAAAUCCAGGUCAUAUCAUCAUGACCUUGCUUCUCAGUACUUGAAGGUUCCUCUUCACGAUGACUGGAAUAGCACUCUUUCACGUGGAAAAGUGGGCGAAAUUCCCUGUCGGCGAAUGCGCAGUGGCAGCUACAUAAAGGCAAUGGGAGACGAUGACAGUGAGGACUCUGAGAUGAGCCCCAAACCAUCUCCAAAGACUGCAGCACGACGUCAGAGCUACCUGAAGGCCACGCAGCAAUCUCUGAGUGACCAGAUCAGUCAGCGGAACCAAAGCUAUCUUGCAUCAGUGAGUGAGUCCAUCCACAGGAGUCUUGAUUGCCUGGAUACAGUAGAAAUGACCUCUCCCAACUUCCAUGGAUGGAAUGAAGAUGAUAUGGGAAGCACAGACACCCUCAAAUCCAACCCUGUUAACCAGGAGCAAGAAAUGGAGUAUAGCAAUCAAUAUGAAAAUAUCUGCGAAUCUGUCUUCAAUGAGGUGGAUUCCCAGGCAGUGGAUGCUCUGGACCUGCCCAUACCUGGCUGCUUCCGCUCAAGAAGUCACAGCUACCUUAGAGCAAUCCAGGCUGGCUGUUCUCAGGAUGAUGACAAUGUAUCUGUCCGUUCAGUGUCUCCCCCACCUUUAACCACCACAGUUAGAACCAUGCAAACCAACACCAAUAAAAACGUGGCUACAAACUUUGUGCUGAAGAGGAACUAUUCUGAGUCUCCUGUGUCAUCGUGUAUAACCACUUAUAAGAAGACUCCUCCACCAGUUCCACCGCGAACCACAUCUAAACCAUUUAUUUCAGUUACAGUCCAGAGCAGUACAGAAUCGGCACAAGACACAUACCUUGACAAUCAGGACCACAAGAGUGACAUCAACAGUCAGUCUGGUCUCAGCAAUUCUUCAGACAGCUUGGAUAGUGCCAGAGCUCUGAACAGUACUAAAACAGGAAGUGUCAGUGCUCUGGUUCGUGAACAGUCAGAGAGCCAACAUCGAAAUGCUACAGUGACAACUGAGAAGGGAUCACUCAUCAGUGAGGAUCCAAAAUUGGAAACUCCCCCAAAGAGAAAACUUUCUUCUAUUGGAAUACAGGUUGACUCUUCCCCAAACUUAACUAAGGAACAAGAUUCUCAACUGAUCAACAAGUUCCAGUCCAUCGGAAUACAAGUGGAAGACGAGUGGCAUUUAAGCCGCUCCAGCAGCAUGACAUCAAAACAAGAAACUGAUUCUGAUACACAGGAAUGUAGUAAUUUUAUUGCUGGAUCCCAGGACAAAAGCAAUCAAUUUUCUGAUUCAACCCAGCAUCAUAAUGUCUCAAACACCGAACCUCCUGUACGGCAGCAUGCGAAAGGCUCCCAGACAAAAAAUAAAGCUUUUGCUUAUAGUGAUAAUUUAGACCCAGCCCUAGAUCCAUCCUCUUUACCGCCACCAGAACCGUGGUUAGAGUCUGCUAACAAUCUUCCUGUCGAACCAGUUCAUGCUGCUUCAUGUCGUCGGGAUGGCUACUGGUUCUUGAAACUGUUGCAAGCAGAGAAGGAAAGAAUGGAAGGAUGGUGUCAUCAAAUGGAGAAAGAAACCAAAGAGAAUAAUCUAUCUGAAGAAGUCCUAGGAAAGAUCCGAAGUGCAGUGGGAAGUGCACAGCUUUUGAUGUCUCAGAAAUUACAACAGUUCCACGGUCUCUGCGAGCAGAAUCUGAACCAAAAUGCAAAUCCACGACCUACUGCACAAGAUUUGGCUGGUUUUUGGGAUAUGCUGCAGCUUUCCAUUGAAGAUAUUAGCUUGAAAUUUGAUGAACUUUAUCAUCUCAAGGCAAAUGACUGGCAACUUGUUGAAGUGCCAGAAAAGAAGGAAGAGAAAAAGCUGCCCCCUCCAGUGCCAAAGAAACCAGCAAAGGCUAAAACUCCUUUAAAUCGUGAAAAACUGACAGAUUCAGCUGACAAGCAACGACAGGAAGCUCGCAAGCGAUUAAUGGCAGCAAAGCGAGCUGCGUCUGUACGGCAGAACUCUGCAACAGAGAGCGCAGAUAGCAUUGAAAUAUAUGUUCCUGAAGCACAAACCCGUCUGUGAAUUGGAGUGUAUCUUUUGCAUACAUUUUGGGGCAACUUCAAAACUUCAGUGGUCUGUGCUAUUCUACAAGCAACAAUAAGCAUCAAUAAUAGAAUGCAAUGCUUAUUAGUAUAUUUGGCAUUGCUGUUCAAUGUCAGACUUCUAAAAUUCUUUAAUGUUAAAUCUGAUAUCUCAUCAGUGUGUACAUUGGUUGCCAUGCUUCUCUAUCAUUUGCAUGGCUUUGUCUUAUCCACUGCAGUCAACUUUUCUGUAAACAAAUUGCUUUGUGUUUCAUUCCUCAGUAGCAAAUUGUGUUUUAUCUAGCAUAUACAGGAAAAGGACUGGCUUAUUUUUUUUGUGGGGUGGGGGUUGGGAAAUACAUCAAUUCUUCUUUAACUGAUGAAAAAUUUGAAGGAAGAUGAAGUUUCUUGGACAACAAAACCUGAGCUCAAUUUUAUUGGGUAAUUGCUACUUCUGUUCUGAGAAAUGUAUUCAUGUAAUUCAUCUGCAGAAACUAUAGCUUUGCAGAAUAUGCUUCCAUUGGCUCUGUAAAUUUAGAGUGCUGCUGUAAAAUGAUGUAAAACCACUCUACCAUUCAGUAGAGCAAAGCAAUAGAGCAUUUAAAUGUUCUCACAUUUUUUCAAAUGUACAGAAGUGACAUAAAAACUGUUCAGAAUUGUAGGAUCAUUUUAUGAAACAAGCACAUACAGGAAAAAAAGGUUUUAUCAAACCAAUCUGGUAUUAGAACCUUUUAGAAUGUGUUCUUGGAUUUUGCAGCCAAAAUUUUGAAGAAUUUGUCUCAUUUGUUAUGGUUACUUCCUUAAUCUAGUAGUAGCUUAAAGUGGUUGUUUAUAUGUAGAUAACUAGUUAAGAUUUUAAGCAUACAAAUCAAGAUAAAUUAUGGAGAGAACCAUUGUUUUGAUUGACUUAAGAAUCCUGUUAGGUGCAAGUGUCCUGUGCAAAAAAAAAAUUGGUGAACUUUCAUAAAGUGAAGUAAGCACUACCUAAUAGCUUUUGUCCAAAUAUACUUUCUAUCAUGUAAUAUUCUCCAUUAUUUCAUCUCCAUUUUGCACAGUGUCAUACUUAGAAGAUUGCCAAAUGUUUUAUUGACCAAUGUUUGAUUUUUAAUACCCGCUUUUAGCAGAAGAAACUACAUUUUGAACAUUCAGAUGUCAUUAUUUACAAAUUAAAUUUAUGAGGAAAAUAUUUUAAUUUUCAAGAAUCACAAUAUUUGAAAUAUUCUCUGGUUAUAAGCAGAUAUGGUAAAUGUCAUUAAUUAUUUUGAAUGAUUGCUCAUCUGUGAUGUUAUCUGCACUUUUGUCCAGCUUGAAUGCUUAAGGAUAAGAUCACAAGUUACUGGAGGUGAUCUGAUCUGUUACUCAUCCUUCAUCAAUUCUAUCAUUGCCAAAAGACUCCUUUUUAAAGCAAAAUCAGUAUUUACCACACAGAAAUGCCUGGAGGCAAGGCUGUCUUACUAGCUUGAGCUUCUUAUGAUAAUACUGUCACUUCUAUUAGGAAAAAAACCUUCAAGUAAGAUGUCUGAGAAUAUCACUCAGUUUCAACUUUUUUAAUUCCUCAGAAUGCUGCUUCUAGUUCUGUGACUCCUGUUUCUUGAUGUCUUUGAACAAUCUUUUAAUUUCAACGCAAACAACAGGAAUUCUGCAGAUGCUGGAAAUUCAAGCAACAUACAUCAAAGUUGCUGGUGAACGCAGCAG